GCUAAAAUAUUUUAUAGAACCGUACUCGUCAGACUUAUCUCUACCGCAAAAACUGGCUUCUUUUACCAGUGCCAAAGACCGCGCUUAUCUGAGAAGCUCAGCGCUAUGAAGUAUGAUCCAAAAGUCAAACAACAUGUACUCUUUGUAGAAGGAAAACGGUAA